GAGUCCGACGGCUGUACUAGCGCCAAAAACUGUAGACAAACAUAAUAAUAUUGUAGACCGAUAUUUUUCAAAUUUUAGAUAUUUUUUAAAUGUUAGCUAAGAGCUCCCGCAGACCACAAGUUUUUAAUCGGCCGAUAGUUGGGUCGGGCUUAUAAUCAGUAUGAAGAUGUAUGCAAGUCCGCAUACUACAACGAUUUUGUAUCGGCCGAUAAAUAAGUUUGAUAGGCUACUCAACUGCGUUCAAACUAAACUAUCGGAAAAUUAUCGGCCGACUGCAAUAUCAGUAUGGAGUUCCUCGCAAGCGCGCACACCGACCUGCACCGACCGAUUGUUUAGUCGGCCGACUCGAUCAAUUCAGUUCGCUCCGAGUUUUGGUACUGGGUGCUUGUGCAUUUUGUUUUCAUUAUGUCGCUGCCCAAUUCUACUGCAUCGCUGGUUGUAGAAAUGUGCAUCGUAAAUUUAAUUGAAGAAAUUGAAAAAAGACCCGCACUUUAUAAAAAACAAUUAAAAGAGUAUUCUGAUGUAAACGUAAAGAAAAAGUUGUGGGAAGAGGUUUGUGAAGCGGUUGUUCCUAGUUGGAAUGAACUUAGUGCCGAAGACAAAACGAAAGAAGGUCGAGAGGUGCAAAAGAGAUGGGCUAAUUUACGGACUUGUUUUCGCCGAGAGUUGAAUGCACAAAAGAACACAAAGUCGGGGCAAGCUGCGAUAAAGAGGCGUAGAUAUGUCUACUAUAAGCAAUUACUAUUUUUACUUCCAUGCAUAGAAAAUAGAGACCCGGAAAGUAACCUGAAAGAGGAUAAUUCUCAAGAAAUUGACGAAGAUGAUGACGAAGCUGGUCCAUCUACUUCUACACCUAUCCCUAAGCGGAAGAAGAGGGCUAAUUUACCUAAGCAUACGGAUUUAGAUGAACCAUUAUUGAAAGCCCUAAAUGAACCGAAUGUUGACGAAGAUACAAACUUCGCUUUAUCUCUUAUCCCUUCAUUACAGAAUUUAACCGCAGACGAAAAACUCGAUGCUAAGAUUGGUAUUCUUAACGUUUUUAAGCAGAUAAGAAUAGCCAGGCAAUCUACUUCUCAGUCAUCAUGUAACUACAAUUAAUUGUUUAAACACUUUGUGAUUUUGUAAUUUUAAUAAAUAGUUAAAUAAACAAA